AUUUCUCGCAAAAUUACUUAACGAUUUAUAAUUAUUAUAAUAAAAAGAUAACAAAACAGAAAUGGAUAACCAGAAUGCAGAAGGAAAAGCAAUGGGUGUAUUGGUUCGUAACACAGGAAAACUGACGAUGACCAGAGGAGGCAAUGCGAGGAUGGUAGUUGACGCCACUAAAGGCAAUGAAGCAAUUGGAAUACUUCUUGAAAAUGGAGGAGAAGCGAACAUAACGGAAAAGGACAAUGCUUGUAUGGAAGUUGGAAAUUCAAGACAAACAUCGCAAGGCCAAAUGGAGGCUCCCACAAAUCAGCAAAAAGGAAGAGCAACAGGAAUAAAAGUUGGGGAAGGAUGCAAACUGGAUAUGACAAGAAAGGACAAUGCGAUUCUUUCCGUUGUUCCAAACAGCGAGUGUUGGGUCGAAGGAGUUGUCAUCGAGGGAACAGCAGAUAUAUCUGAAGAGGAUAACGCUAAAAGUCACUUUGGACGCCAAGAAAAGGUAUCGCAAAAUCAAAGCGAUGUUUCCGGAACUCAACAGAAAGAUGCAUUGGUCGCACCACAAAAAAAUCGUAUCAAAAUUAGAAUCGUUGAAAAAUCAUUGGACGCCAACAUAACUUUUGGCGAGAAUGAGGUCAAAGAAAAUGAUGUAUUGAUGGUCGAAAAAGAGGUGGUUGUAACAAGCAACAAUGGACAACAACGAAAUUUAAAAUAAUAACCUUUACGUUAGACGAAAAACUAAUAAUUUAUCUGCUAUGCUAUAUGUACAGUUCAUUCCAAGAAAAUUUAUCCAAUUUUGUUUUAAAAAGCUCGAUAACAUAAUGUAGCGAAUGUGGACUGUAACUAAGAUUUAUCGUGUCAAUCAACCAUUUGUAUUAAUAGUGUAAAUUCAAUCCUGGUGGUGAUUUAGCGCGUCAAGCGACAAGUCUUAGCAAUGAUUCUUUGUAUCAAACGUUUUUUAUACCGGCCGAUCUGUGACAUAUUUCCGACCUCAGUUCGAAAGUUGAGAAUAGGGGAUUUUCAUGUUUUUUAAUACUGAUCUUGAUUUCAACCGUAUAACGGGUAUAUAUUUAAAUAUAUCAGUUUUGUAUUCAAUUCGAUCGUGCUACUUUACAAUAUACGACGAAUCUUGGCGUUACAAUCUAUUGUGUGCUUAUUGAACUCUGAGAAGUUGGAUUGGGGUUUGCUCUGCUAACGUAUUUACUAUAAUAAUACGGAAGUAUGGACACUCAGAUAGGGACAUCUAUCCCCUAUUAUAUCAUAAACAAUCAUUUUUAAUUUGAGCUAUAAAAACAGCAAAGCUAGUUGGGGAUGAUUCCAUUUUAAUAUUAUUUUUUGGUUUUUACUUUGACGGGUGUGAAGAAGUGCUUUUUGUUUAAUUACUCCUCUGAAUUCAUUCCUUUUAUGCGCGAUGAUUUUGCUGAUAUCGUCGUUUUCCCGUCAACCAAGUCGAAAAUUGAAAUUCGAAGAACGCUACCUUUCGCAGAAGAAAAUACUCUUUCGAACAAAUCGUCUUUCGUCUUGAAACUCCAUAAAGUGAAGGAGCCUUAGGGAUUAUGCUGAACAUUAUUUCAAUUAUUAACUACAGUAUACAACAGGGGUCGGCAAACUUUUGUCGCUCUCGGGCCAAAAUUGAGGUUGCAAGUCAUCGGCGGGCCGCACAUAUAUUUAGAAAGUUGAAAAACCGAACGGAUGGUACUUUUUAUAAUAAAAAUCAAGCUGUGAUACAUCUCUCGAAUAGAAUAUAGAUUUAUUUCCUCAUUGCAUCUCAU